AUGGACGAUGCAAACCUCGCGGUGGCCUGGCUGUCCUUCGCAGCCACAGCCGUCGGAUUGGGAGGGUUGAUAACCCAAGCCAGCGCCAUCAACGACCAGCUGGACCCCUUCCACUCGACCCGCACCGCCGAGUACCUCGGCAUCUGGUUCCAGCGGCAGCAGCGUUUCCCGUGGUGGAAGAUCACCAAGCCCCCGCCGCUCGGCCCCGUCAUCUCCGCCCGCAUGGCCGACGGCUUCUGCGGCGUGAAUGUCUUGCAUGUCACCCGCAUCCCUCUUUUGCCCCCUGGGAAGGCCGGGUGGUCGAUCCUGAUCGCCAUGUUCAACGAUCAGCCGCCUGUGCUGCAGGCGGGGGAUGGGGGUGUGGACGACGCUGCGGCUGAGAAGGGACCCUUGUCGUCGGUUGUGGUGGCGUCGGCGGAAGUGCCCAAAGGCGCGGAGAAAAGUCGUGCUCGGGGCGGAAGCAAUUGGGGGAACCUCGAGCAGACAGCUCUCACGCGGCAUCAAUCUUACGCUUGCAUCACCGUCUCGCGGACAACACUCAUUACUAUGUUGGUCGCGACAAACGGCCGCCCGGUAUUUCAGUAUAGCGACGCGACUGGCUUCCGGGCCGGUUAUGCGUCGUACUGUGGACAGUGGUACAUAACCUGGCCCAUCGGCCAAGAAGCCAUCGUGAAAUUCGCCGCCCACGACUCCAUCGGCAAAACCGAGGUCUUACCCCGCAGCUUCGCGCAGCGGAUCGACCGCUGCGGCCAAAUGGUCUCCGGCGUCGUCUCCUCGCCCACCUCCUCCUUCUCCGUCGGCUUCGGCGGCCGCAAGAGCAGCCCCGGCGCCUACCGCCUCGAGCACGCCAUCAAGGGUUUUCAAGGCGCCCACAGCGGCCGGCACCUGUACAACAUGAUGGGCGGCAAGGCGUACCAGGUGGACUUUAUGAUCGCGCGGCCCAUCGCCGACGACGACGAGAUCCAGAUCGACGCAGAAACAAGCUCUGCGGACCUCGUGCUCCACCUCCCCAGCAAAGCCGCAGCCGCCAGCGGCAGCAAGACCCGCGACGUGCGCCUGCACGUGCCCCCCCACGAACAAGACAUCAUCCGGCACGCGCUCGACUGUCUUCCCUGGACCAGCCUCUCCUGGAGCAUGCACCGCGGGCUGCGGGACCUGCUGCUCGCGUACUCGCGACCCCUCAUGGACGCGCACCGCGCGCCCCUCGCCGCCCUCCUCCAGCAGACCGUCUCCGCACACCCCGCGCUCCUGCGCGCGCGGGGCUGGGACCCCCAGUUCGUGCGCGAGAACAUGGCGCUCAUGGCCUCGUCCGCGAUCCUGUCCGCGGGCGGGAACUCGGGGGACUCGGUGCGGGUCGUCACCGACAUCGUCGCCGUGUACCUCGCCACUACUACUUCCACCACCACCACCACCACCACCGACAGUACCAGCGAAUGGGGCUUCGCCCGCCUCGACGAAGUAUCCUUCUGGCGGCCCCUCGGCCGCGCCGACGCCUUCGACAGCCCCAAGGUUGUCGAACCGCUUGACCCACAGGCCGUGGUGGCGCUGACGAAGGUCUUCGUGCUCGAGUGGAGCCAGGAGUUCGAUUAUCAGCUGUAUCACUUUUUGCCGAUUUCGUUGCUGUUUGGGUAG